CCAUUUCAUGUGCUUUUAUUUUUUAGGUUGAAUUGGUAUCACAUUUUGGGUCAGAGCACUUUUGUCCAUUAAGCCUUAUAAGGGUAUUUGGCACUAGCAUGGUGGAAGAAUAUGAAGAAAUUGCUGAUUCCCAGUAUCAGUCAGAACGUCAAGAACUAUUUGAUGAGGACUAUGAUUACCCAUUGGAUUAUAAUACCGUGGAAGAUAAAUCUUCAAAAAAUCUUCUUGGUUCUGCUACAAAUGCCAUUCUAAAUAUGGUGAAUAUUGCUGCUAAUAUUCUGGGAGCUAAAACUGAAGACAUGACAGAAGGAAAUAAAAGUAUAUCUGAGAAUGCCACUGCCACAGCUGCACCUAAAAUGCCUGACUCAGUUCCUGUUUCAGCUCCUGUUCCAUCACCUGAGUAUGUAACCACUGAAGUACAUGUAUAUGACACAGAGUCUUCAACACCUGAAACUCCAAAAGAGAGUCCCAUUGUACAGCUAGUUCAAGAGGAAGAAGAGGAGUCAGGUCCAUCCACAGUGACCCUUCUGGGCAGUGGCGAACAAGAAGAUGAAUCAUCACCCUGGUUUGAGUCAGAGACACAAAUAUUUUGCAGUGAACUGACCACAAUUUGUUGUAUUUCUAGUUUUUCGGAAUAUGUAUAUAAAUGGUGUUCAGUUGGAAUUGCGCUUUAUCGGCAGCGCAGCAGAACUGCAGUGAGCAGAGAAAAAGAUUAUCUUAUGUCAGCUCCACCAUCCUUCCUGCUUCCUGAAGAAUCAGUAGAUGUUUCAGUAUUGCAGCCUCCAAGUGGAGAAUUGGACACCAAGAGUAGUAUGGAAAGGGAAGCUGAAACUGCUGUUCUUGAUGACUUAAGUAGUAUGCAACAAGGUGAUUUGAUGAAUCACACUAUGGGUGUGAUUGAACUUGAACCAAGCCAUCCUCAAACUCUUUCUCAGUCUCUUUUCUUAGAUAUUACUCCAGAAAUCAAUUCAUUAUCUAAAAUGGAAAUGUCUGAAUCUGUUAAACAUGAGGCAGGGCACACACCAUCACAAGUGAUUCCCCAAGAGAGUUCUAUUGAGGUUGAUGAUGAAUCAGAAAAGAAGUCUGAGAGCUUUAGUAACAUAGAAAAGCCAUCUCUUAGCUAUGAAACAAAUAAAGUUAAUGAGGUUAUGGAUAAUAUUGUAAAAGAAGAUAUGGCCUCCUUGCCAAUUAUUACAAAGCUAUCUGAAACAGUAGUUCCACCUAUAAACACAGCCAUUGUGCCUGAGAGUGAAGAUGGGGAAACCAAAAUGAACACAGCCGACACACCAAAGCAAACUUUGACUCCUGUUGUAGAUUCUUCUUCAUUGCCUGAAGUAAAAGAGGAAGAACAGUCUCCAGAAGAUGCCCUUUUGAAAGGGUUACAGAGGACAGCUACAGAUUUCUAUGCUGAAUUACAAAACUCUACAGAUCUAGGAUAUGCUAAUGGAAAUCUUGUACAUGGAUCAAACCAAAAGGAGUCAGUAUUUAUGAGACUUAAUAAUCGUAUUAAAGCCUUAGAAGUUAACAUGUCUCUUAGUGGUCGCUAUCUGGAGGAGCUUAGCCAAAGGUACCGAAAACAGAUGGAAGAAAUGCAGAAGGCUUUCAAUAAAACAAUAGUAAAACUUCAGAAUACUUCAAGAAUAGCAGAGGAACAGGAUCAGCGGCAAACUGAAGCCAUCCAGUUGCUACAGGCACAACUGACCAACAUGACACAACUUGUUUCAAACUUAUCAACAACAGUAGCAGAAUUAAAACGGGAGGUUUCAGAUCGACAAAGCUAUCUUGUCAUAUCUUUGGUUCUCUGUGUUGUAUUGGGACUGAUGCUUUGUAUGCAACGUUGUCGAAACACUUCUCAAUUUGAUGGAGAUUAUAUGUCAAAACUUCCUAAAAGUAAUCAAUAUCCAAGCCCUAAAAGGUGUUUCUCUUCCUACGAUGAUAUGAAUUUGAAAAGAAGAACUUCAUUUCCACUCAUCAGAUCCAAGUCUUUACAGUUAACUGGCAAAGAAGUGGACCCAAAUGAUUUGUACAUUGUAGAGCCCCUCAAGUUCUCUCCAGAAAAAAAGAAGAAACGCUGCAAGUAUAAAACUGAAAAAAUUGAGACCAUAAAACCUGCAGAUCCAUUGCACCCUAUAGCCAAUGGAGACAUAAAAGGAAGAAGGCCUUUUACGAACCAGAGAGAUUUUUCUAAUAUGGGAGAAGUUUAUCACUCUUCUUAUAAGGGCCCUCCCUCUGAGGGAAGCUCAGAAACUUCAUCACAGUCAGAAGAGUCCUAUUUUUGUGGCAUUUCAGCUUGUACAAGUCUGUGCAAUGGACAGUCCCAAAAGACAAAAACUGAGAAGAGGGCUUUAAAACGAAGGCGGUCUAAAGUCCAAGACCAAGGGAAAUUGAUAAAGACUCUCAUACAGACUAAGUCAGGAUCAUUGCCCAGCCUACACGACAUAAUCAAAGGAAACAAGGAGCUCGCCGUGGGAACAUUUGGGGUUACAGCAGUUUCGGGACAUAUCUAAAUUAAUCAAACUUUUCAUACUGAAGACUUUUUUUGUUGUUGUUCUUUGAAGAACAGUCUGUGGUAUUUGAAGGGUUGGGGGGGGAGGAAACAUUGGGAAAAGUAUUCAGAAAUUAUGGUUUCUGCCUUUUUAAAAAAUAGAUGGGAUUGUGUCAAUCUUCGUUAAUGAGCUACAGUUUUACAAGGCUGAUCGCUUCCUACAAGGACAAUGGUAAACAUUUUAUAAAGAUGUUUUUUCACAGAUUAAUUACUGGGACAAAUUAAUUUGGAAGCCCAGUUCCUUGGGUGGGAUAGGAAUGAAAGCCUAAACCUCUUCCUCUAGCUUUGUUCCUAUUUCUUGCACCUUCCCCCAUAUUUAUGUGCCUUUUGUCUAUUUAUAAUGCCACUGGAAGAGGAGGGAGAACUUUUUCUGUCAUUUGAUUUCUUUUAUAACUUUUUAGGUUUUUGAAGCUGCAAACACUACAAGGUUUUGGGGUGGUCUGUGCCUGAAGCUCAGCAGGGUGGGUCAGACAGUGUGAAGAGCCUAAAGACUUGCCAGCUAGGUCUGUUGUGCAAACUCACUGGAAAUAAACACUUGCUGGAACUUUAAGUCUGUUCUUUUAGGUAAAUAGUGAUGCUCUUGACAUUAUUUUCAUUUAUCUUAUUUGGACUGGAUUACUUUUUCCAUAGUUACUAAACUCAGUGAGGGGGGAAAAAAGCAACAAGUUCUUUUCAUGCAAACGACUAGUAUUUGCAAAUGUUUUUAUAAAUUUGACUUUAAACACAACUACUUGUGAAGAUUUCAUUAGAUAUUACAAUAACACUAAUCCUCCAAACUUUCACAUCACUGUUUUCCAUUUGUACAAAUAUAUGAGAAACUGCAGAUUUGGCAGCUGAAUUCAAGUGCAUUUAGGCAUGGUCACUGUCUGUGCACACACCUAUGCACACACACAGAGCUGCCAGUGGGUUUGUCCCACAAAUCUGGCUGGUCAAGUCUAGGGGAUUGUGAUUCCUUGAUAUUUGCUUUGUAUUGGCCACAAGGUGCAGAGAUAUGUUUGUGUUACGUCAAUAUGUUUGUCUUCAUUUGUGUUUUUUUCUUUUAAAAAAUAAUUGGCAGUGACUGUAUUUGAAUAAAGUGAUUUCAUAGUGUGUGCCUGUAUAACAAGUGAAAGUGGAACACGUUUCUUUUUGAAAGGGAGAGAAUUGACCUUUUGUAUUGUGAGAUUUAAGUUAUAACUUAUUGAGCACUUUUAGUAAUAACUGUUUUUAAACUUGUUUGAUACCUUUCUUGGGGUAUUGUUUGUAAUGUGACUUAUUUAAAGCCUUUUUUGUUUCUUUAAGUUGCUGCUUUAGGUUAACAGUAUGUUUUAGGAGAUUAAAUUGUUUUUGUCCAGUCUGCACAAUUAGCCAUUCAGAGCAAGAGGGCCAGAUUGUAAAGAAGCCCUUGAAAAAAGGUCCAGAUGAGAGCAGAGGCAGAGUGGAAAGUCACACCAUCUGUUGUGGAAAGAGGACUUUCAGUUUGUAACUACGGAGCUGUAGUGCCAUUAGAAACUGUGAAUUUCCAAAUAAAUCUGAACACUUGUCUUUAUUAAUUUUACUGGCUCUUCCAUCCUUUGAAAGAAAAUGCUCAAAUGUAUUACUAAGCUCUGAACAUAGAUUUAAGGUUUUGACACUUUUGAAGCUAAUUAUAAUAGCAUCCUUUAACUGUUGCUCAUGUGGCAGCCCCUGCAGAUUAUUCUUCACAUAAGCAUCUGUUCCCAUACAGCCCCAGUCUUACUUUUCAAACCCUAAAAUGAUAGCUUUGAAUCUACAGUAGGAUGUAUGUGUGUGCUUUUAUUAGGUGCAAACUACUAAUUUUUAACUUUUCUAUAUCUAAAUAGAGUAGAAAAUUUUGUAAUUUGGGGUUUAUUUUUUCAUCUCAGAAUAUAACUACAUGAAGGGGAAAAAAGUAACUUGAGUGAAAACUUUUUUAUUUGUUCUAAUUAGUUAUACAUUGGAAAAUUCUUACCAUUAGUAGAUUUGUAUCUGGCAAGAAGCAAAACUAUUCAGGUUGAGUAUCACUAAACCAAAAUCCAAAACUUUGGAGCCCUAUACCAUUUUUGGAGCUUUUGGUUUUGGGAUUUUCAGGUUAGGGAUGUCCACUCAGUAAGCAUUUAAAUAUUCCCAGAAUCAGAAAAUCUCUAAUAUCUGAAUCAUUUCUGGCCCUGAGCUUUUUGUAAGGAGUACUCAACCUGGUUAUCUCUGUGUGUGUGUGUGUGUGUGUGUGUGUGUGUGUGUGUGUGUGUUUAAUGGGUUUUCAGUGUCCCCCAGUGGCCAACCUCAUUUUAUUUCUAGUUCAAUGUUAGGUAAAGCAUUAAAACUACAUUAAAUUUCCCAAACUGAAGGAUUAGAAAGGACAAGGAUACAAAGUAAAAGUUCUUUUAAUGGAGGGUUUUAGAGGUUCUACGUGCAGACCAUUCAAAGAAUUAGUUCUACAAGGUGUGUUCUGAGAAACAGCACUUCUUCACUCUGCUGCUGCCCAUUGCUCAUGCCCCCCCACCAAGCAUUCCUGCUCCCUAGCAGCAGCCUCUUUGGAUUCUGCAUCUCUAAUUCUUGUGCUACCUUUUUAAUGCUGCUUAUCAAUUUUCCAGUUUUAGAUGUGGGCCUAAUUUGAAUACAUAGGCACAAACUUUAAAUAGAUACAAACUUGUAUUUGCUAACCUAGCUGAAUAAAUCUGCUUAAAAUCACUGUA